AUGGAGGUUGGGAAUGGUGCAGCUGUGUGCAAGGAGCCUUCAUGGAGGGGAAGCAAUCGCAUAGUCGCUGUGGAUGAGGAUGUAGAAGAACCCGCCUCCUCCAUUACUGAGCACAACAUCACGCCCGAGAAAAAGCCAGGUUGGAAAAAGUUUAUGUCAUACGUUGGGCCUGGCUUCCUCGUAUCUCUGGCCUAUCUUGAUCCCGGCAACUUGAUGACGGAUCUUCAAGCAGGAGCGAGCUACACGUAUGAGCUGCUAUGGGUGGUGCUCGUUGGGAUCAUCUUUAUUGUUAUGAUUCAGACACUUUCAGCAAACCUGGGGAUCACUACAGGAAAGCAUUUGGCGGAGCACUGCAGGCAAGAGUAUCCAAAGUAUGUGAAUUACUGCCUUUGGAUACUAGCCGAAGUGGCUGUCAUCUCCGCUGAUAUCCCCGAAGUUGUUGGCACGGCUGCUGCUCUCCAUAUCCUCUUUCAUAUUCCAAUAUGGGUCGGAGUUCUCAUCACUGCCCUCAACACCUUCCUCCUCCUCGGCCUGCAAAGAUAUGGGAUUAGAAAGCUGGAGCUUUUGAUGGCUUCCAUGGUGUUUCUGAUGGCUGCUUGCUACAUUGGGGAGUUGGCGUAUGCAAAGCCAAAGGCAUCAGAGGUAUUGAAGGGAAUGUUCAUUCCCAAGCUUAGUGGUAAUGGCGCUACCGGUGCUGCCAUCGCUCUCCUUGGGGCUAUCGUUUCACCGCAUAAUUUGUAUCUGCACUCAGCGCUUGUCUUAUCGAGGAAGGUCCCGCAGUCGAUUCACGGGAUAAAUAGUGCACGCAGAUACUUCUUCAUAGAGACAGCGUUUCCACUUUUCAUGGCAUUUCUAAUCAAUGUUUCGGUGGUAGCGGUUACGGGUACCAUAUGCUCAAAACCAGAUAUAUCGCAGGAGAAUGCAGAUAAAUGCAACAACCUUGAUCUUACCUCUGCCUCCUUUUUGCUCAAGAAUGUUCUCGGUAGGUCCAGUUCCACAGUGUAUGCAGUUGCUUUACUAGCAUCGGGGCAGAGCUCUACAGUUACAGGAACAUAUGCGGGUCAAUUCAUCAUGCAGGGGUACUUAGAACUUCGAAUGAAGAAGUGGGCUAGUAAUCUAACAACAAGGUGCAUUGCCAUUACACCUAGUUUAAUAGUAUCCAUUGUUGGUGGAGCCUCAGCCGCCGGCAAGCUCAUUAUAAUCGCUUCAAUAAUACUCUCUUUUGUGCUGCCAUUUACCCUCAUCCCACUUCUCAAGUUCAGCAGCGGGUCGACCAAACUGGGUCCCUACAACAAUUCCAUCUAUGUUCUCAUCAUUACAUGGGUCCUAGGGUAUUGCAUAAUUGGAAUUAAUGUUUAUUUCCUAAGCACAGGCUUUGUCCACUGGUUAAUCCACAACAACUUGCCCAAGUUUGCAACAGUUUUAGUAGGAAUCAUAGUCUUCCCUUUAAUGGCUGCCUAUGUUAUAGGAGUGAUCUAUCUAACCCUAAGAAAGACCAAGGUAGUCACUUUUGUAGAAGCCCAAGAAACCCUAGACCAAUUGGAGGGAGGUGAAGAAGGCAAGAAGAAAGAAGAAGAGAAAGAUAUCCCCUAUAGAGAGGACCUUGCAGAUAUCCCAUUGCCUGAGUAA